CUUGCAUGAAAACCUGAACCUUAGCUUGUCAAGUGUCCUCCAAACUCUAUCCUGGGUCGCAGCUUCCACGUCCGUCGUGGUUGCCAGAUUGUGUAUUUAGCCUUUGCUGUCUCCGCGCACGAGGCUUCGCUGCGCCUCUGCCUUGCACUCACCAACUACACAUUCACAAGUGGACUUUCCACACAACAAAAUGCCCAGCAUGACCAGCCCCGAGAUCGACACGAGAGAUUCUGAGAGCCGGAGCCAGAGGAGGAGGAACGUCAAACGCGCCGUCAAUGCACUCCAAUCCGCUCUCGCCCAGGGACAGACCAUCCCAGACGACACGCUCGAGCAGGCGAUCGCCUUACUCCGUGAUGCUCGCGACUUGUCUCCAAAGGCGACAUCUCGCCAGCCCUCACCUCAGCAAGGCGCUUCGUCGCGGAGCCACAAGCGAGCAUCCAGCGAUCAAUACGAUCAACUUACAGUAUGGAUGCGAUUGCGACACACCAGCAAGCCCACUCGAGGCUACCGCGUGCAAUAUGAAGGCGCAUGGACAACAGUAACUCCAAUCGGCGGCCUCCAAGCCUCCUCCAUCUUCCCAAACCCAUCGCGUGGCUUCACAGAUCUGAAGCUUAAACAACUCACCAACGACCACUUGGACUGGAAUUCUCGACAAGGAAGUCCUUUUAUCAGCAUAUUCACAGAUCAAACUCACGCCGAAGACUGGGCUUUGAAGUGGAGCGAGCGGAACGGCGGCAAAACUGUCAAUAUUCUGCACAUCGAGUGCAACAAAAUCACCAGACUGUUCAGCGUUAAGGAAGUUGUCGAUAGUCUGGGCAUCAAUACAGAUAUGCUUCCGGAGCAGUACGAAGACGAAUAUCUCGCCGUCAACCAGGUUCCAGCUGAGGCUAUGGUGGAGAUACAGCCAAUCUUUAGCCAAGCAGCGCUGGACGCCGCGUCAGCAGAAGAGCAGCGCCUCGCACUGGGCAUUCCUCCCCAAGACGAUCAGCACGUCCGAAGAUUCAGUCCCGUCAGACCAACCGAACGCCGAUCACUAAUGCUCGAAGAAGGCGUCGACUUCUCCGCCUACAUGAACAUGAAUCGAGACUCGCCAAUCGAAGCACAUAAAGGAGACAUUUCUCCAGUGUGAACGAGACACGUCACGUUCCGUUCGAAGGCUCAACGAUAAUUCAAACGAUUUUAUUCAAGUCCACGAUACCAAGAUACCCAGGAUCGAUGAAAGAAAGACAGGAAAAAUGACUUAGCCAUU